UCAGUUCAAGGAACUCCACAAGAGUCGUGUGGCUGCUUCACUCGGCGCUGCUAUCCACCAAUGUCCGGGGUACAAUCCUAACUGAGAGUCACAGAUUAUUUCUCCACAUUUAUAUCUCUGCACAAUCGGAAAAGGAGGACUAUAUCGAGCCGCUGCUGCAGCAGGACGCACCUGCGGGAUUGCUGCUGAAGUUGUCCCCCCCCCCCACCCACACACACACACAUACAAACACAACAGUCGGGCUGGGAAGUUGUCUGCACACCGUCGAUCCUCAGGACUGUGGGGUUUUUGAAGUGAUGUUUUUGAAGCUGGUUGUCACAAUGUUAAGGAGAGCCGGCGCUUUGACCGUGUGUGGAAAAUGAUUGCAGCCAGCAGCGACCUGUCCAUUAUGGUGAGGAGAUGUCUUCUCACUUUCAAACCAUUCAGGAUCUUUGUGGUGGGGAUUGGCUUCUUCAGCCUGUGCUUUCUAAUGACCUCUCUCGGGGGCCAGUUCUCGGCUAAGAGAACCGGAGAUUCUCCCUUCACGGUGCGAGCCGAAGUGCUCGGUGGCCAGGAGUCUCGUGGUGUGCUGAGGAAGAUCAGUGACAUGCUGGAGGUCAUUAUGAAGAGGAUGGAUGCUCUGUCUAAAGUGGGAAACACGACAGACGCCCACCGGCUGGAUGAGCUCAGCUCGGCCCUGGACAGGAUUCAGCCUGUUGGGCUCGUGGAGCGGAUCCAGGCCAUAGCCCAGAACAUGUCCGACAUGGCAGUGAGGGUGGAGCAGAUCCUACAGCGCAGCAUGGCCGGCAACAGAGUCAGGGAUGGAACAUUAGCACAGUGUGGGACUCCUAAAGACCGCCGUUAUCCAGACUGUCCAAGCAAGAUGGAUUGGAUGCGCGCUCGUUGGACGUCAGACCCUUGCUAUGCCUUUUAUGGUGUAGACGGCUCCGAUUGCUCCUUCCUCGUCUACCUGAGCGAGGUUGAGUGGUUUUGCCCUCCGCUAACCUGGAGGAACCAGACUGCUACACCCACCUUGAAGCCUCUGCCCAAAAAACAGGCUGUUUUCCAGUCUGACAUUGGGGCUCUGCUGGAGCAAGUGGGCACUGGGAAGGAAUCCCUGAGCUUCAUGAAGAGACGCAUGCGCAGGAUGGCGGCGCAGUGGGCCUCGGCUGCUCGACGGCUGGAUGACAGGCUUCGCAGCUUCUGGAGAGAGCAGAAAAGGAUUCUCGUUCACGUGGGUUUCCUGACAGAGGAGUCUGGGGACGUCUUCAGCCCUAAAGUGCUGAAGGGGGGUCCUCUGGGUGAGAUGGUGCAAUGGGCCGACAUCCUCACAGCCCUCCAUGUGCUGGGGCACGACCUCAAGAUCUCGUUUUCCCUCAAGGAGCUUCACGGGUUUUUGGGCGUCCCUCCUGGAAGAGGUAGCUGCCCUCUCACAGGACCUCUGCCCUUUGACCUCAUCUACACCGACUACCACGGCUUGCAGCAGAUGAAGCAGCACAUGGGUCUGUCUCUGAGGAAGCACAAGUGCCACAUCCGUGUGAUUGACACCUUCGGCACGGAGCCUGCUUAUAACCACGAGGAGUACGCCAUCCUGCACGGCUUCAGGACAAACUGGGGCUACUGGAACCUUCACGGCCAGCAGUACAUGACCAUGUUCCCCCACACUCCUGAUAACUCUUUUAUGGGUUUUGUGGCGGAGGAGCUGAAUGAGACAGAGAAGCAGAACAUUCAGCGGAACAAGGUUAACAAUAUGGCUGUUGUGUACGGCAAGGAAGCCAACAUGUGGAAGCUUAAAGGAAAGGAAAAGUUCCUGGCUAUUCUGCACCGCUACAUGGAUAUCCAUGGGACGGUGUACUACGAGACACAGCGUCCCCCAGAGGUGCCGGCCUUCGUCAAGAACCACGGCCUGCUGCCUCAGCAGGAGCUGCAGCAGCUCCUCAGGCAGGCCAAGCUGUUCAUUGGGUUUGGAUUCCCCUACGAAGGACCCGCCCCUCUGGAGGCCAUAGCCAAUGGCUGCAUCUUCCUACAACCCAAGUUUAACCCCCCUCACAGCUCUCUGAAUCAUGACUUCUUCAGAGGGAAGCCCACCUCCAGGAAGGUGUCCUCUCAGCAUCCGUAUGCAGAGCAGUAUAUUGGCAGGCCACAUGUCAUCACUAUCGACUUCAAUAACUCUGAGGAGUUUGAUGCCACCAUCCGUGAGAUCAUGAGGAUCAAUGUGGAGCCAUUCCUGCCGUAUGAGUACACCUGUGAGGGGAUGCUUGAAAGAGUUCAUGCCUACAUUCAGAACCAGGACUUUUGUUCCCCCGAAGAUCCGUUUCCUCCUCUAAACUCGUCUUGGCUGAGCAGUCCUUUUGUCCUGCUGCCUAACUCCAGCAUCCUAACCUGGGCCUCUAACGGCAGCUCCUACGCAUCCUGGCCACCCCUCAGUGCGUUGCACCUUUUGGCUUCCCUGGAAGGAGAGUCGUGUGUGGAGGCGUGCCAGGGCGCAGAGCUCAUCUGCGAACCUGCCUUGUAUCGCUUCAUCAACAUUAAGGAGGCCUUCAGCGCGCUGGAGCUCCAGUGUGACGGAGUGGAGUCCCAGAUGAACCACCUCUUCCCUGCCUUCUCAGCGGAGCAUGCUGAAUGUGGCCUGCAGCAGGACCCGCUGCUGUUCAGCUGCGCCGGCUCCAGUGCCAAAUACCAGCGCCUCUGCCCCUGCAGGGACUAUCGGAUUGGCCAGGUGGCUCUGUGCAGAGACUGCCUAUGACCAGAGGAGGAUCUGUGGUCGGAGACUCUUUUAUAGCUCAUGGCGAAAUGUCUUCGAAAAGGAGAGUCCGUGGUGAGAUGCUGUAACACAAAAACGCUGCUCCUUUACCUCUGACAAAGGACUGGCUGCCAAAUUAUAAGAUGGCAUUACCUCUCAGGGAACUGCAUGAUUGUACUUUGAAUCUGCUGGGCUUGAAGCCUCAGUUUAAAGGUUUACAUGGCUGCAUUAGAAACCACAGUCUCGACAAAAGUCACGAUUAGAUGCGUGUUUUGGUGGAUCAGUUAGUUUAGUCAAGAGGGAAGCCUUGAUUUAAAAAUAAAUAUUGCAAAUGCUUGAAAUUCACAAGUGUGUUUGCUCGGUGUCGUGUGAAUACCUACAGUGUCAUAGUGGAGUUUGGAUAUUUGUACUAAAUGCACCCAAAGCCAUUUACACGAUGUUGAGAUGUACUAUUUUACAUGUCCUGUAAUGAAUAUAUUUGUAUAUAAGUGUUGUUUAAU